UGUACCGAAACCGGCAGCAUUGUUUACCUCUAGCUGCUGCGUAUACGUGAACAAGUUCAAUUCGAGGCCAGUGCAGAUUACCAACAAAAACCGUAAUAAAACCAGAAGUUAAAAUGUCCAAGGAAGCGGAACCAGCCCGUUCGGAUAAGGAGCUUGACCUGUCGAAUGCGGGUCGUGGCGUUUGGUUGGUAAAAGUCCCAAAAUACAUUGCCAACAAGUGGGAGAAAGCUCCGGGCAACAUCGAGGUUGGUAAGCUAAAGAUCUCGAAACAAGUUGGGCAGAAGGCACAGGUUUCGCUCACCUUGUCGGAAGCCGUCAUUAACAUCGACCCGGGUGAAGGGAUUCCCCGGGAGCACAAGCUGGACGUGUCAGUGGUAACGAAGCAAACGUUGGGUGUAUUCUCGCACAGUGUCCCCUCGGCGGACCGGAAAGAGGACAGUGCCCCCGAAGGCGAGAAGCUCUUCAUGGAGGGGCGAAUCGUGCAGCGGCUGGAGUGUCGCCCGCUGGGUGACAAUGCCUACAUGAAGAUGAAGCUGGAAUCGAUCCGGAAGGCUUCGCAACCGGCGCGGCAGGUCAAAUCGCUGGAGAAGAUCGUCCACAACUUCAAGCCGGUUUCGGACCACAAGCACAACAUCGAGGAUAAGGAACGGAAGAAGGCCGAGGGCAAGAAGUCCCGAGACGACAAGAACGCAGUGUUGGAUAUGUUGUUCAAUGCGUUCGAGAAGCAUCAGUACUACAACAUCAAGGAUCUGGUCAAGAUCACCCGGCAGCCGAUCAGUUACCUGAAGGAGAUUCUGAAGGAGGUUUGCGACUAUAAUAUGAAGAACCCACACAAGAACAUGUGGGAACUGAAGAAGGAGUACCGGCACUACAAGGACGACGACAAGAAGGAGGAGAGUAAGGACAUGUCUGACAGUGACAGCGACUGACAAUAGCACGGGGAAGAGUGCCAAGGGCUGUUGAGGAAGGAGCUUGAUUGGUGGUAAGUUAAUACUAAUCUUUGUUAAUCUUAGAUCAUUGGGAAUAAAUCUAAUCUAACUAUA